CUAUUGUUGUUUUGUGGGUGGCGGAGUUUACCUGGUGGCCUGCAGCACCAUGACGGAGAAACGAAAAUACAAAAGAUCGAAAGAGGAGAUUGCACGGGAAUUCGACUUGCCCGAGCGAAAAUCGAAAAUAGCAACAAUACUCAAGCAGGAAGAUCAGGCCUACUGCAUAUGCCGCACAUCCGACUGCUCCCGAUUCAUGAUCGGCUGCGAUGGCUGCGAGGAAUGGUAUCAUGGCAAUUGCAUUGGCAUCACCGAAAAGGAGGCCAAACACAUCAAGCAGUAUUUUUGCCAGCGCUGCAAAAAGGAGAAUCCCGAGCUGCAGACCGUAUUUCGUUUGGUUGCCACCGAGCGUGCUGCGGCCAUGGCUGCUGCCGUCUCCUCUGGCACAGCGUCCGCAAGCAAUGCCAAUUUGGGCGCAAUAAAUGCGACGGCCGCCCAAACGUCUGCCUCGGGUUCGGCGGGCGGUUCGAGUACCACGAGUGGCCGAAAGAAUAGCACCGCCAAGGAAUCAACAGCAAAACCGGUCAGACGCUGUGGCACCUGCGAGGGCUGCCGGCGACCCAAUUGCAAUCAGUGUGACGCAUGCCGUCAACGUGUCGGCCACAAGCCGCGCUGCAUCUAUCGGAACUGUGUGAUCCAAACAGCUAACCAAAAUCAAUCGGCAACCACAACGACAACGGCGGCGGGUCGCAAGCGGGAAAGGAACAGUCUGCAGCAGCAGCAGCAACAGCGUAAAGCGAAAGUGGUCCGCGAGGCCAGUCCGGAAAUAUUUGUACAUCCGGAGCUGGUGGGGUUGCGGCAGUGUCAUGGGCCCAGCUGCCGUUGUCAAGCCCGACCGCAAAGUAAAUACUGCAGCGACAAGUGCGGUUUCAAUCUAGCCACGAAUCGUAUAUUCCAGGUGCUGCCGCAGCGUCUGCAAGAAUGGAAUCUGACGCCGUGUCACGCGACCGAGGAGAAUCGCGAGCAGCUCGAGAUUAUACGACAGAAGCAGACGCUGGUGCGCUUCGCACUCGCCCAUCUCGAGAAUCGUGUCGAGGAGCUCAACAUGAUUGUGGAGCGGGCCAAGCGCAGCCCAAUCGAUACACAGCGGCCACAGGAUAACGGCGAUGUCGAGGAUGAGCAGAGCAUGUACUGCAUUACAUGCGGCCAUGAGAUACACUCGCGCACAGCCAUCAAGCACAUGGAGAAAUGCUUCAACAAAUACGAGUCACAGGCCAGUUUCGGCAGCAUUUUCCAGACGCGCAUGGAGGGCAACAAUAUGUUCUGUGACUUUUACAAUCCGGCGAGCAAGACGUAUUGCAAACGCUUGCGCGUCCUUUGCCCGGAGCACAGUAAGGAUCCCAAGGUGAGCGAUACGGAUGUGUGUGGUUCGCCGCUCGUUCAAGAUGUGUUCAAUCGCACCGGUGAGUUUUGUCGCGCACCCAAAAAGAAUUGCUUCAAGCACUAUGCAUGGGAGAAGAUACGACGGGCCGAGAUCGACUUGGAGCGUGUGCGUCAAUGGCUCAAAAUGGAUGAUCUGAUGGAGCAGGAGCGACUGUUGAGACAGCAGCUCAGCUCGCGUGCCAAUCUGCUUGGACUGAUGCUGCACUCCACCUACAAUCACGAGGUGAUGAACGAGCUUGUCCGCAAACAGAAGGAGCACUUUGCCGAGCUCGAGAAGGUGAAGCGUCGACAGGCGCACCAUCAGCAGCAGCAUCAGCAGCAGCAUCAGCAGCAGCACCAACAGCAAAAGCAGCAGCAGCAGCAGCAGCAUGAAUUAUUGCAACAGCAACAGCAGCAGCAGCAGCAACUGCAGCUUACCCCAAUGAAGAAGCACAGGCAAUGACGUAAAAACAAGAAAAAGAACAAAAGGAGGAAAAGCAAGAAAAAAUCGGACGGGGAUGAUGAUGAGGAUGUGAACGAGAAUGAGGACGUGGACGAUGAUGAGGACGAGGAGGAGGACGAGGAUACAUCAUAGAUCACCUUGUAUUAAGAUAGCUUUCCUUGUGAGUCUCUCUCUCUCUCUCUCUCUCUCUCUCUCUCUCUCUCUC